UCGCCGCGGUCCCGCAUGGCGAAGGCGGACCCCGAGGCGGCGGCCGGCGGGAAAGGCCGGAGGAAGAGAGCCCGGCGAGGCCCCGGGCAGCACGCGGGGACGGCCGCACAGAAAGGCCCGAAGGCGGCGGCCGUGGCGGCGCUGCCCCGCAGCCCGCAGGAGUUCUCCUCCAACUGGAAGGCACUGCAGGAGCUACUGAAGCAGAAGGCAAGCAGCUCGAACGAGCCCCUCCCUUCAUCUCAGACUUACACCAAGAAGCAGCAUCUGCUCAAAGAGGGAAACAGCCAACAGGAUCCAGGCACCAGGGAUGAAAAUGCGUUGAAACCCAAAUCCACAAAUAAAAAGGACAGGGGUCCUCCUGCACACAGCCCUCCUUCAGCCAAGGAGAAAUCCAAGAAGGCUGCAACUGACAAGAAUUCUAAACCUAAGCAUACAGAUAAGAGGGCCAAGAGUUCUGAUAGCAGCACUCCUGUGGCUGAGCCCAAACCCAGCAGAGCUGAAAAGAACAAGAAUUUAAACGGCACCAAAAGCGAUGGGAAGGGCUGCAAAGAGAAAAGGAAAAAUGGCAACACUGAAAAGGAGAAGGGCGAUGUGAAACAUAAGAAGAGGAAAGCUGAAGAUACAGCACAGCAGCCCAAAGAGGCUGACAUCUGGUUUGAUGAUGUUGAUCCAAAAGAUAUCGAAGCAGCAAUAGGACCCGAAGCAGCAGAAGUUGCUAGAAGGAAACUGGGACUUGAACCAGGCCAGUCCAAACGGUCUGUGGAGCAGGUGCUGGUUAAAGAGAAGUCUUCUGGAGGUCUUACAAGAGCUGUAGCUAUGGACUGUGAGAUGGUGGGAGUGGGACCCAACGGCGAAGACAGCAUCGUGGCUCGUGUGUCCAUCGUGAACCGGUUUGGAAAGUGCAUUUAUGACAAGUACGUCAAGCCCACGGAGGAGGUGACAGAUUACAGAACAGCCGUUAGCGGCAUCCGGCCUGAGCAUCUAAAGACAGGUGAAGAUUUUAAAACGGUUCAGAAGGAGGUUGCUGAUAUCUUGAAUGGAAGGAUUUUGGUCGGGCACGCAUUACACAAUGACCUGAAGGUCCUAUUUCUUGACCAUCCUAAGAAGAAAAUACGCGACACGCAGAAAUACAAACCUUUCAGACAGAGAGUCAAGAGUUCACGGCCAUCGUUGAAGCUGCUCUGCAAUAGACUUCUAGACGUCCAAGUGCAGACAUCAGAGCACUGCUCGAUUCAGGAUGCACAAGCAGCUAUGAGACUGUACACCUUAGAGAAAAAGAAAUGGGAAGCUGCUCUUAAGAACAAAGCUAAAGACAAACCGUGAACCUUGCAUGAUUGCACACUGUGUUCUUUAGCUGCAUUUGCUACUUCACUGUCAGAUCCCAGGCUACUCAGAACUAACAGCAGCAAUUUGAUAAAAUACAAACAAAAGCCCAGCAGAGUACAUGAGUGUUGCCAUACAAGAAUACUGCCCCUUUCUGGAUAGGGCAUGCACCUAAUUAAACAAUACUGCCAAAUACCUGCAUUUGUGAAGUACUUCAUCAGAAAUUGCAAGGAAAUAAAUACUAAAUGAGCAAUAAAGAGAGAGUUUUUAAAUUAUGAUGGGUACGAGAAGAAACUGAUACUGCUUUACUAUUACUCUCAUGACUAAAACCUUUAUUUUGGAUAUUUUGGAAGUCUACAAAGUAAGGCAAGUUCUUAAAUAUUGCCAUUAGUCUCUCAGUUGUGGUAACUAAACAGAACACAGAAUUGUUUAAGUACUGUUAAUAGCCCAAUAUUAAUCUUCCUGGUGAGAAAUAUCUUGUAAAAUACUUCAGGGUGAUCCAAGCUUUUAUAUCUGAGCCAGAAGUCUGCACCUCUUGUUCUUACACAGGAAGCUUUUCCUUUACUCCUGCAGUUUCAGAAGUGCCGUAUCCACAAGGCUCAGAAUCUCCUGGAGAGAAACACGAGAACUGAUAAAUAAGACCACCUUGUUGUUUUAAUUGUUUUUAUACUUCUUUAUUAAUAAAGAACUGUGUUUAAAGUA